AUGGCAGUGACAGGCAUUUAUCCAGGUAUUAUCAUGAAAGGUCAUACCAACUUUGUGAACUCUAUAACCUUUGACCCAAGCAACGGCUCCCAGCUGGCUAGUACAGGUGAUGACUUAACAUGUCGGAUCUGGGACAAAGAGGGAGAUGAGCGAAUGAUUUUCCAACUGACAUCUCCUGGGAUGAGUGUUUGCUGGCACCAAGAAGAACCUUUCAAGAUUCUGGUCGCUCAGAAGAAUGGAAUUAUUAGGAUGUUCAGCCUUCACAACCAGCAGUCAAUCAUGAGCCUUAAUACAGGACAGGUUCCUCUCAUGAGUGCUGAUUGGUCGAGACACGACAGUUUAAUAGUUGGGGCAGCCGCUAGCAUUGAUUGGCUGGUUUUUAAUACGUCUUUGUCAAGCCAGCCAGUAGAAAAACGACAAGCACAUACAGAUGGAGUAAGGCAGUUCCGCUGGUCUCGAUGUCACGAAAGUCUCUUAGCAACUACUGGUCGUCCGGGGCGACAGAUCAAAGUGUUCAACACUCGACACCCACAGCUUCACGUGAACACGUCACUACCCAUCGCGUACGGCCUCUCCUGGCAUCUCCACCUGCCUAUUCUCGCCAUCGGCGGAGACAAGAACAUUCACCUCUGGGUUGUAGAAUCAACUUGAUCAUGAUCAAAAAUACACACCAGUGUCCAGGGUUGUUUUUACAUAAUGCAGAUAUCCAAGUGAUGGACGUCGACAGAAUGGAAUCAAAAUGUUAAGAAUUCUCCCUCAGCAUACAUCAUUUGAUUUUAAAUUGGUUUACAUUAGUAAAUGAUCUUGUGAGAAACAUGUCAAAAUGUAAUUCUCUGCUAAAUUACGACUGGUUAAUGAACUUGACAGUAGCAAGUCAGAGUAUUUACCAGUUUUUAUCAGUUUGACUGUAAACUUGUUAUGUGUGUGUGAAAUACUUAACUAUGAAAAUGUAUAACCCAGUAAUAUGUAUAACCCAGUAAUAGAGUCCAGAAAGUCUACCGGGUACAUCCUGUUUUGGACUCAAUAGCUAAGGCAAUGCUAAAUUUCUUUAUUUACAAUCCGCAGUACAAGGAUCGAUGUUAUGAAUAACAUAAAAGUAAAGUUGGAAUGAAAAUUAACAUGACAAAAACAUCUGGAAAAAGCGUAGUGUCCUCACAAACCAAGAACAUGAACACUUAAUGUAAUGUUUAAAAUCUGGAUCAAGUUGAAAACAUGGUACGGGUCCACAAUCGAGGGUUCUGGACAUUGUACAUUUAUUGGAAAUCUCAAAUGGUUAGACAAUCCAUCUUCCAAAUUUGUGAAUAAUAAAUCACAUGAGCUGUGGGGAAUUGUAGUGAAAAUCAGUCUCAAGUUUCAAGACACUCAAAAUGUUGUAAACAAAAAUGUAAUGAAUUAACAAAAAAUGUAUGAUAACACAUGCUGACAUUACAGCAGACUGACUGAUGGAGUACAAGUCUUCUCCCAAUGUUCACCAAUAUUAGACAGUGCAGUUUCCAUGCCUUGUGGUACACGAUGACCAGUCCUUGUCACUCCUGCAUUUUUUUUUUUAUCAUUGGUGCCCUCAUUAGUUUGAAAGGUAAACUGAAUGUAUGCAUCGAGAAUGUUUUCAUGUGUAAUAAAUCUGUUCUUGCAAUCAAA